AUGGAUUUUUCUAAUAAAGCUGGAAAUAACAACAUACCACUCUCGGACGAAGUCUUAGAAAUUCUAGAGUCCCAAUUUAAUAAAGUCAAAACUCUUCAUUCUACAGAUUUAGAGAUUAUCGCAGCCGAGUUGGGUGUCAGAGAUAAUGAUGUUAAGAUGUGGUAUACCAAUCGUCUGGCGGCAUGGAGAAGGAGCCAAGGACUCUCAGACUGUUUUGGGCAACUGUAA